AUGAUAAAUCUGAAUCGAAACUCAGAGAAAAACGUCCACAAAAAGAUAAUUGACCAGUUAUCGAAGUGUGGUAGGAAUUGCCAUGAUGCAGAACUUCUUGAAUAUAUAUUUCCACAGAUAACGGCCUAUUGCCACGCAAUGAAAAUGCUGAGUAAAUCCGUCAUCCACUACAACGAGGCGCCGAGUAAGACCCAGUAUGUCACCCAGGUCCUGGCUACUCUAGCAGUGUCUCUCGGACCAUUUGCCGCAGGAUUAGGCAAGGGCUACACCUCGCCCGCGAUUGCUUCGCUGCAGCAGCUGCAGGUGAGAGCAGUUUUCAAUGCAAGUGCUGCUACUUUUAUUGUCACAGAACAGCAGGCCAGUUGGAUAGCCAGUUUGUCACUUCUAGGAGCACUAUUUGGAGGGAUAUUCGGCGGAAUGGCAAUGCGAUUUGGUCGAAAACGUGUUAUAAUCGUAACAUCUCUUCCAUACUCCGUUGCCUGGAUGUUGACAGUUUUGGCUUCGUCUGUGGAAAUGAUGUUUGUUAGUGCAUUUGUUGCUGGUUUAUGUUGUUCCAUUGUGUCUAUGGUUACGCAGGUGUAUAUAAUAGAAAUAUCUGCUCCGGACAUUAGGGGAUGUCUCAGUGCCCUUCUGAAGAUCUCGGGGCAAAUGGGAAUGUUGAUCAGUUUCUCGGCCGGUGCAUACUUGGACUGGCGGCAAUUGGCGACAAUAGUCGCCGUGGCACCAAUAAUGUUAUUUGUGACAACACUUUACGUUCCAGAAACUCCAAGUUACCUGAUGUUGGCAGGCCGAGACGAAGACGCACGUCAGGCUUUACAAUGGCUCCGUGGGGCCCACUGCGACGUGCGAUCGGAACUCGCAACGAUUCGGCUAAAUGUACUACGUGGCGUGACCAACCAUUCCUUCUCGACACAUAUACUCAAACCUGCAUUUAUUACAUGCGGACUCAUGUUCUUCCAAAGAUUUAGUGGUGCAAACGCAUUCAAUUUUUACACCGUAACAAUUUUCCGCCAGACGUUCAACGGGAUGGACCCUCAUCGAGGAGCCAUUGCUGUAGCCUUCGUCCAAUUACUUGCUUCUCUUUUAUCGGGCCUACUCGUGGACAAUAUUGGUAGAUUGCCUUUGCUCAUGGCUAGUAGUAUCUUCAUGUCCAUCUCGCUGGCCAGUUUCGGUUCCUUUUCGUAUUAUGAAGAAAUUCAUAAACAUCAAAAUAUUGAACAAUACGAUUGGAUACCUUUGCUAUGCGUACUGGUAUUUACUGUUGCUUUCUCGUUAGGUAUCGGACCGAUUUCCUGGUUGCUUAUAGGCGAAUUGUUUCCGUUAGAACAUAGGGGCUUAGGUAGUUCUCUAGCUGCUUCGUUUAGCUAUUUGUGCGCAUUUUUAGGAGUUAAAACGUUUGUAGACAUCAGACAAUGGCUAGGUUUACAUGGUACUUUUUGGUUGUACUCGUCGUUGUCCUGCGGUGGUUUAGGAUUUAUAGUUAUGUGCGUUCCAGAAACUAAGGGAACAGAUUUGGAUGAAAUGGAUAUUAAAUGCGCUUAA